GGGUGUGGCUUCUCGUUGACGUCACGACCCGGAAGUCCCAAACGUACGUCGUUUACGAGAAACUCCGGGGCGAGUUAUUUGGAAGCUAGGCUAGGCUAACUGUGUGUUAUGGAGACUACGGACGGUACAGCGGGACGUGUCGCGUGUGUGUCUGUGUGAAGAAAAGCCUGUUCCGAGGUUCAGCGGAUGAACAUUCAGCACUGAUGGAAGUGGGUCGUCAGAUCCUGGGGAAGUUGCAGAGGAGAAGGAGGUCGCCGCAGACGUCAGCCAUGAUACUGCAGGGGCUGGAGGUGCAUUUUUACCUGGCGGACACGCAGCAGAUCAUCCACCUGAAGGGUCAGCACUUGGCCGAGCAGCUGUGCAUCGAAGCCGCCAAGAGGCUGGGUCUGUCUCCGCUAUGCAGCAGUCUGUUUGCUCUGUACAACGAAACGAGCAGGACGUGGUUUCCUCCUAAUUACGUGUUCCACGUAGACGAGACGACGAGACUCAGACUGCACUACCGCUUGAGGUUUUAUUUCACUAACUGGCACGGGACGAGUAAAGACACCCACGUGGUGGUGCGUCACAGCCUGAAGCGCACUCUGAACCAGGGGACGGCUCUCCUGGACGCGCCGUCCCUGACCUACCUGUACGCCCAGUGUCAGUACGAUUUCCAGAGCGGCUUCGCGGCGCUCCGCCGCUUCCACACCCAAGAAGAAGCGCAGCAAAUCGAGAACGAGUGUUUGGGAAUGGCAGUGAUAGCGAUUUCCCAUGAUGCCAUUGGGAAAAACCUGUCUGCGCGAGAACUGGCGAAGAAAUUCAAGUACAAGAACUACAUCCCACUUAGUCUGAACCACUCGAUCAGCCAGAGGAACCUGCUGACUCGCAUGCGCAUCUCCAUGAUCUUCAAGGUGUUCCUGGAGGAGUUCCACGACAAGACGAUUCUGAACAGCAGUGUCAGCAAGCACGACCUGAAGGUCAAGUACAUUUCCACGAUGGAGACUCUGACCACACACUUCGGCUCAGAGGUGUACGAGCCCUCGUCCGUCAGCAUCCAUGAGGAAGACCAGGUUCCCCCGGGUUCUGCGGGGAAGAGCGGGGGAGGGGACGGGGCUCGGCGACGCCUUCUCGUAUCAGGAACCUCCGGCAUUAUGUGGCAGACCGUCGCUCCUGAGCCGCCCAUGCCGAUCCUACAGAGGAAGAAAUCGAAGAGGAACAAGAGACAACACGGGGACGUGACGAAUGAAGCGCGAUGGACCACGUUCUCCGAUUUCCACGAGAUCACCUACAUCGUUAUCAAAGAGGCGGGGGUCACGGUAUACAGACAGGACAACAGGAGGAUGGAAGUGCACUUCUCUAGCCGUGAGGAGGCUCUGUCCUUCACCAGCCUGAUAGAUGGUUACUUCAGGCUCACUGUAGACGCGCAUCACUUCCUGUGCACAGAGGUCGCUCCCGUCUCCGUAGAAACCAACCUACGUGAGGGAUGUCACGGCCCAAUCAGCACUGAGUACGCAGUUCAUAAACUCAAACAGGAUGGUUACGAGGAGGGCAUGUUCAUCCUGCACUGGAGCUGCUCUCAGUACGACCACGUCCUGCUCACCGUCAUCUGCAAUGAGAGAGACUUUACAGGUGAAAUCAGCAAGUCCUUCAAGAACUUUCAGAUCGAGAGGACGGAGAGCGGAUUUCGUCUCUGUGGGACGGACCUAGAGAAGCCGACGCUGAGGGAGCUGACAGACCGGCUGUGUGGUCACUAUUUAAAUGCAGAAAACAUCAGCCUGAAGCUGGCACGAGGUUGUCCUCCUCAGCCUCGAGAGCUCUCGAAUCUCCUGAUGGUGACGAGGCCUGAGUCCGCCGCUUCACCCUCCCUGAAAAAACAGUUCUUCUUCCGCCGCAUCAACAAAGAGGACAUCGAACAGGCUCAGCACUUGGGAAAAGGAACUCGUACGAAUGUGUACUUGGGUUUACUGAGGCAGAGGAGCGAUGAGGACAAUCUGAUCAGCUUCAAUACUGAGGAUGUAAAUGUGGCCCUGAAGGUGAUCGGAGCAGGACUUAAAGAUGUUUCAUUUUUUUUUCAGAUCUUUUUGGAAACCGUGAGUCAGAUGCGUCAGAUCCAACACAAACACAUGGCACAUCUGUAUGGCAUCUGCAUGCACGGCAUGAACAUCAUCAUGGUGGAGGAGUUUGUGGAGCACGGACCCCUGGAUGUGUUCAUGCGCGCUCAUCACGCCGACCUCACGCCGUCCUGGAAGUUUCAAGUCGCCGAGCAACUCGCUAGCGUCCUCAGCUACCUGGAGGAUAAGAAGCUGGUCCAUGGUUAUGUGUGCACAAAGAACAUCCUGUUAGCGAAGGACGGUCUAGACGAAAUACAUGCUCCGUUUAUAAAGCUUAGCAACCCGGGAGUCUCGAUCACUACACUCAGCCGAGAAGAGUGUGUGGACAGGAUCCCAUGGAUUGCCCCGGAGUGUGUGAAGAACCCUAAAGUGCAGGAUGUGGCUGCAGAUAAGUGGGGCUUCGGGACCACACUGUGGGAGAUCUGCUACAAUGGAGAAGUUCCACUGAGGGACAAGAAAUGUGCUGAGAAAGAGCGGUUCUAUGAAGCCGAGGGCACGCUGGUGAUUCCUAACUGUAGCGAGCUGGCCGAACUCAUCACCCAGUGCAUGAACUACGACCCGAUGAAGAGACCGUUCUUCAGAGCCAUAGUGCGAGAACUGGACCGCAUUAAAGAGCAGAACCCGGCGAUGGUGUCAGGUAGUGUUCCUGUGCACGAGAUCGACCCCUCGCUGUUCGAGAGCAGGUUCCUCAAGAAAAUACGGGACCUGGGAGAGGGUCACUUCGGGAAGGUGGAACUGUGUCUGUACGACCCACUUGGAGAUCACAGCGGUCAGAUGGUGGCAGUAAAGUCACUGAAGUCUGAAAGUGAAGGACCAGAGAGCAGCAACCUGAGAAGGGAGAUCAACACCAUGAGAGACCUGUACCACAACAACAUCGUCAAAUACAAAGGCAUCUGUACUGAGGAGGGUGUGAGAACAAUUAAACUGAUCAUGGAGUAUCUUCCUGCUGGGAGCCUGAAGGAAUAUCUGCCCCGAAACAAAGCUCAGACGAAUCAAGAGCGCCUCCUGCUGUAUGCCAUCCAGAUCUGUCAGGGAAUGGACUACCUGGCCUCCCAGAACUACAUCCACAGAGACCUGGCGGCUCGUAACGUCCUGGUGGAGAGCGAGAUGUUGGUGAAGAUUGGAGACUUUGGCCUGACCAAGAGCAUCAAGGAUAAUGAGGAGUACUACACAGUCCGCGAGGAGCAGGACAGCCCCGUGUACUGGUACGCACCUGAGUGCCUGAUCCACCGCAAGUUCUACAAAGCCUCGGACGUCUGGUCGUUUGGAGUCACGCUGUAUGAACUCAUGACCUACUGCGACCGCAGGUUGAGUCCUCCAGAGAUGUUCCUGAACAUGAUUGGCCGAUCACAUGGACAGAUGACAAUGGCACGGCUGGUGAAGGCUCUGGAAGAAGGCUGGAGACUCCGCUGUCCUCCAUCAUGCCCAGAUAUAGUGUACACACAGAUGACGAGGUGCUGGGCUCGCGCACCGGAGGAACGAGUGGACUUCAAGAGUCUGAUCAAGGAGUUUGAGCGUCUUUUAACGAGCAGAGACGAUCUCAGCGUACUGUUCAGCUCCUAAAGAUCUCACGUUUUAAUCCUUUUCAUUCUUUUUUUACUUUUACAUCUCAACAAACUCUGAGCACUUAAACAGUCAGAACCUGGACACGUUCAGGAGCAUCAGAAGAAUGCUUGUAGAGAUGUUCUUCUAAUGUUCCAUGAAUAAUUCCACAAUCAUUUCCUAAUUAGAGCUUAGUGUUAUUCUUCUGCAGCAUCUUAAACAAAGAAUAAAUCAACUUUCAGUCUUUCUGGAGAUUAACUCAGUAAUCAGAGGAUGAGAAACCUCCAGAGCACUCCAGAACACAUGAUGUAGAUUUAGCCAAUCAGGGUGAAGAAAGAAGAAAGCCCCGCCCAUUUGUCACUUGCGGGUUGGGCAGAAUGAGACCGGGGUACAGAGAUUUCUCAUGUUUCCUCUCAUUGGCAGGAGGUAACCGCUGUUGUAAUGAGGUUUGUGUUCUCAGCAGGGGUGAGGUUCAGAUCUCAGAGAAGAGGCGGGAAAGUGAAACCGUUCCUCAGCAGGUCGAACGACUCGAACGGUGACUCCGCCCACAAUUUCAGACUUUUAACUCAAAGCUGCACAAAAUCCACUUUUAUCAGCUUUUCUUUUUCAAAUCACGCAAAAUAGAAAGAGCCCACGUGAAUAAAAACAAUCAUCCUGUUCCUGUUAAAGUCCUGCACGUCCAAGCGCCUGGUUCCUGCACGUCCUCACAGGCGUCACGUGAAAUCACACCACUAGAAAAUGUCCUGAUUGAUGAGUUAUAAGUGAAAAACUUCAGGAUAAAAAAAGAGUCACAGUUGCGAGUGUGAUUUUUACUCCCAUAUCAUGACCGAGCCUCCAACCCCACGUCCACAUGUCCACACGUCCCCAUGUCCUAACGUCCUCACGUCCCCUCGCCUUUUAUCCUUUUUUAAAUGUAUUUUUUACGUUCUAUGUAGAGCUGAUAAAUAUACACACACACACGCACGCAUUGUGUUACUUUCUGCAGUUUGCACAGAUUAGGAUCGUCACUGAGCAGGAGAACCUGAGAAACCUGAACGUUCUCCAUAAUCAAAACGUCUCGGUUUGCUGCUUUCUUUAUUGACAUUUCUGUCAAAUUGAUUCAGAACCUUAUUAAAACUUUCUUUAUUGUA